GAUGACACGUUCAAUCUUGAGUGGAAAGCUGCUACGGCAGCAAAGUUUAACAGGGGAGUGUACAGUCAACUGCCUCAUUCUAUCGCGUACAAACUCAAACACUGUCAGAAAUUCAAAAAUAUGUCUUUUGCUCAGGUUGCUUCCCUUCCUCCAACUCAAAACUUACCACCAAACCAAGUUAUUAACCCCACCAUUCCUAUUAACUCAUCCUUUUCUCUUUUCAAUUGGAGAAAUACGACUUCGUCGCUUAAAGAACGUCCCUAUAUGGGGCGUUCUACUCCUCUUUCCUCUUCCCCAAACUCUCUCUUUCUUGACACCCGUCAAUUUAAAAUCCCUGACAAAGUUCUUGUUGAUGAGUUCAAAGAUGAACUGAUUGGAGUUGCAUUUAACCCUGCUGUUGGUUUUAUCGAGCUAGUUUUCUCGUCACCUGAAUCGUUCGAAAAACACCUUUCUACUCCAAUUGAAUACAACUCUAAACAAAUCCAUCUUUCCCCUCCAAGAAACUACAUCCGUAAAAAACUAACUCUCCAUCUACAUGGAAUGCCUAUUUUAAAAAGAGAAACUAUCCACACUGCCAUAUCAGAAGCUCUUAUGGAACAUGGUAACAUUAUUGAGAUUGCUCCUGUCUUAAUCUCCAAUACUAAUCUUUUAACCCCAAAAUGGGAUGUUGUUAUUGAACCAAACCAUAAAAAACCCAUUCCUACUUCACUAACUAUCCUUGAAUCAACUGUUGUACUAACUUGGGUUAACUCCCCUAAAGUUUGUCUCCACUGUAAAAAAGAUGGUCAUCUACAUACUAAAUGUCCUGAAAAAAACUUCCCAAAACAUCCUGUAACUAACAUUGCAUCACUUCAACCUACUAACACUCUUUCAUCUCAUACAGAAAAUUCAAAUGCUCAUAUCAGUACACAUAAGCCUGCUAACUCUCAAUUUUCUUCCCCUAAAACCCCAAAUAGUAAUCUCUCUUUUGACAACAAUUCAAAUCAAUCAACAAAUCAACACUCUGUUACAGAAAUCAACACUUCUAAUUCUUUACCAACAUCUUACAACACUGCAAUGAAUUCAUAUUCACCAGAUAAUCAUACAAUCAACAAUACAGAUGUCGUCAUGCAAAUUGACACAACAAUGUCAUCUCCAGUAUCUCAAUCUAAUGAUAUUCACUCAUCAAUCCAUGCUCCUUCAGCAAUGAACAAUGAAAAUAGUCAUAAGAAAAUGGAAUCUGAAUAUACAUCAACUAAUUUCUCAGAAAACAUGUCUAUAGAUCCA